AUGUUCGCUGACGACCUGAAACUUUUCCGAAAAAUCGAAUCUGAAGCUGACUAUCUCACCCUUCAGAAUGAGUUAGAUUCCAUUAGCUUAUGGUUUAGCACUCUUGGCCUCCAAUUUAAUACUAAUAAAUGCAAAGCUAUGUCCUUCACCAGGCGCCGGUUGGCAAUCGAUUAUUCUUACACUAUCAAUGGUUCAGUGAUUGAUAGAGUUACAAGCAAUAGCGACUUGGGCGUUCUUUUCACUGCCGACCUGAACUUCCGCCCUCACAUUGACUCCAUCUGCUGCCGAGCCCUCAAAUCGCUUGGCUUCGUAAUGCGCACCAUGAAUGAGUUCAAGCUGUCUGGAUCUCUCAAGACUGUCUACUGCUCUUUAGUCCGAAGCAUGCUAGAGUAUGCGUCUGUGCUCUGGGACCCAUUUGUGGUAAUUGAUUCUUGCCACUUAGAGCGAGUACAAAGGCGCUUUCUGUCGUCUGCAGCUUACAUGCUAAAAAUUGUCCAUCCUCCUCAUGAAUAUACUCCAGUAUUGCGCGCACUUAGCCUUACAUCUUUAGCAGAUAGGCGCGUUAAAGCUAAUCUGGUCUUUUUAAAAAAGUUAAUCGAUGGUUCAUUAAAUGCCCCUUCACUGCUCGUCCAAGUAAACUUUAAAGUUCCACAUCGGGCCACAAGGUCUCGAAUUCCUUUUACUGUACCUCUCCAUUGUACCAAUUAUGGUAAAAACAAACCAAUUGACCGCAUGAUGCGGUUGGCUAACGAGGACCCCUCCUUUCUCAGUUUACCUUAA